AGGAGUUGUUGUGUUCAUUCUCUCUGUUUUAGUAGAGGGGUGUGUGCAUGAGGAAGGGUUUUUAUUCUGUGGAAAACUGUGCAUCUUCCCAGGAUUUUUCCAAACAAUUUAAGGAGGAAUUAUCCCACUUUCAGCAUUCCUUAAGAGCAUGAUGGACGUGGAAUCAACUUGGAGAAAUCACUGACCUGUGGGUGGUUUUUUUCAAGGACCUGGAGAUAAAAAAAGAGAAAUUUUAAAAUUUAAACUAGAAUUCCUGCUUGAUUUUUCCAAGACACUCGUUUUGAGGAGUGAUUUUCUGAAAAUCUGAAGUCGGUACACCGUUUUCUGGAUAAUGCCGAACAAGUCAACGUCAGGAAAAACACUCGGCAAAUGUGUGAAUAAUAAAGCAGCAGAGAGGAAAAGACAGAUGGCACAGAAAGAAGGAGGAACAGGGCAGGGGCGUAUCAAGACAGAGGACAGUUUUGGGGCCAAAGCCAUGUCGGGGGCCCCCGCAGCGGGUGGAGGAGUGGUGGUGGAGGUCAGGGAGAAGAAGGGACCUCUACGGGCAGCAAUACCCACAAUGCCUUUCCCUCUGGCUGUCAUUUGUCUCUUCCUGAACACCUUCAUUCCUGGACUUGGUACUUUCAUCUCAGCGUUCACGGUGCUGUGCGGAGCACGCAGCGAUCUGGUCUCAGAACGAGGAGUCUGCUGUGUGUUCUGGCUCAACGUGGCAGCGGCCCUCAUCCAGAUCCUGACAGCUGUUAUCAUGGUGGGGUGGAUCAUGAGCAUCUUCUGGGGAAUGGACAUGGUCAUCCUGGCAAUUUCUGAUGGUUGUAGAGAUCAGGGUGUUCCCCAAGAUGUGUGAGAGAGGUCGUCGUCACGAUCGCUGACUGAUGGAACCAACUGCUGGACCCCUGAAGCCUAACAGCUCCCGUCAUGAUGAAAGAGAAGCAGAGACAUGGUUUAUAAAAGGAAAAGGCAAAUCUUUGAGCUAUGGCAGCAGAUUGGUCAACAUCGGACUGGAUUUACAGGUUAAUGGGAAAAAAGGUGAGAAAUAGAUCAGUGUAUUUAUUUUUUGAGUAUUGGAAUUUUGUUUUUAUUAUCUUUAAUUUUGCCAAACUCACUUUGUGUUCCUGAUGAGCUCCGGCACACGUUUUCUUCCAUCCUAGCUUACCUUCAGUGUUGAUUUCCACCAUGUUUUUUUCAAUAAUUCAUAAACGAUGAAAAUGGAAAAUAUUUCUUUCUUUCUUUCGGUCUUUAUUUUGGUUUAUAGCAUUAACAUAAAUUUUUUCUUUUCAAACAAAACAACAAUAUUAACAACUUGAAGUUAAACCAAAAAAGGAAUAGGCAGAAGCAAUGCUUAUUUUAGCCUACCCUAUUUUCCACCUAAGAUACAUAACCAAUAUACAUUUCUUUUAUUUACCCCAAUAUAAAUAACCACAAUGAAAAUUCAUUAAUGUCUAUACAUACUUUUCAUAUCCUGUAAAUAUAUGACACUUUACACCUGCUUUAAACUUUAGUAAAGAAGAACAUUUCUUCAAAUCAUCAUCUAACUCAUUCCACAGUUUCACACCAACAACGGAAACACAUCUUGAUUUCAUAUUCAAACAUAAAUACACCUCUGAGAUUAUAAUGAUCAUCUCUUGGUUUGAAAUAAACUUUUAUGCAAUUUGGGAUAUUAUUAUUAACUACUUUAUGAAGAAUCUCUAAGAUUUUUACUUUAAUAUUUGAGCACAGGAUCAAAAAUUCAUCAAGGAUCUAUUAUUGUCACCCUUAAAACACGAGUUCAGUGAUUCACAAUCAAUUUAUUGGCUACAAUGAGUUUCAGUUUCAUUCAUUUCCUCGUCGUUUGUGCAAAAUUCUUUUCAAAACGACUCACUCUUCCUAAUUUGACUUGAAUUUUCAUACCUCCUAAAAGUGGAAACCAGUGCCAAAGGGAUAUUUACACAUUAUUCCAGCUCCAAAUCUAAUUAUCAAGUCUCUAAAUAUCAGCGACCUCGACUGUCACGCCCACGCUGAAAAUCAGGCUUGGAACGGAAAAAUAUGCAACUCUGAACCGUGUUUAAUCAAACUGAAUAAAUGUGUGUUUGGUGUGAUGUAAAAAGCAACACGUGAGUGUUGAUGUGAAAUAUUCAUGUGAGCACGCUGUUGGAGGCUGGAGGAUAAUAUGUUAUGGCACUGGUCCCAGAAUGUAAAAGGGUAUUAAGCUAAAAUGUUAAGAUAUGCGUAAAUCAUCUGCAUGAAAUUUCCACAGGAAUUGUGGCUCCAAACUCCAACUUUCCCACAAUCCAUCAGCCUUUUCUGUGUGGCACAACUGGCUUUUUUCCAUGAACAAUAAGCUCGGGCAUCAGAGGUCAAACAUCCCAAAACUCAAAACAAAUCUGUUAGAUGAACGCUGUCUGAGAGGACGUUCCUCCGUGGAUGGUAAAGCAUCCUAUCACUCCUGCCAUUUUAAGUACGUUUUAGGUAAUAAACAGAUAAAACCUUCAUCUUCUAACAAGUAACUAUCACACUAGCUCCAUGCUACAGUUAAACAGUGUGUUUAAUCCAAAUCCAUUUGUGAAAAAGCCACUUCUCACACAAGAAAUAUGUAGAAAUGUUAACAGGGCUUCAACACAAAAUGAAAAAUGAACAGAAAAAUAUACCAGAAAACUUUAGAUGAACUCUUAUCUAAAUUUUAUUACAGUUUUUAUGUCUUUUUAUGUAAUUUAUUUGAAAAAGCUGCUUUCGGCUCAUCAUAUAUCUGCUUUCGGCAGAUCAUAUUAGAAUUGAAAAAAGCGUCAUUAAACUGCAUAAAUAUGAUUAUGCUUUUUAAAAAGUAAAAUCAUAUGAAUGUGUCUGUUGUCUGUUUAGAUCUGACUAAAGGCACAUUUGCAUGUCGAAAACUGAAUUUUAGUUGGAUAAGACCUUAACAUCUGGUAUUCAUUCCUGUUUGCUGAUGGUUCAAUAAAUACAGAAAUGUUAAAGAGAUACUUUGCAACUUUUUCAGAUAAUUUUCUUGAGCCAGUAUGCGCUAAAAUGACCCUUUACGAGGUUAACGAAAGGCCACCUAGCCCCUAUUGUCCCAUGUGACCAGAACAUUCCCAUUGCAACUUCAGACUGGCGGACGCUCCGUUGGGACUUGAGCUGACAUACCUGGCGCUGUGGUCUGCUUCCAGCAAGUUUCCUGCAUGUUUUGGAUUAGGAACAGGAGAGAAAUUUCAGUUGUUAGAUUAAGGUGUUAAAAAGACAAACGCACAGCGAGGAGAAGGGGUUUUCUUUCGGUUCUACAAGUGGACACUAGGGGGUGCUAAAAGCAAGCCUAAACUUGCUGUUUAAAUAUUGCAAAGAAAGGGAUUAAAAUAAUCAUCGUGAUUUUUUUAACCAAACUCCCAUUUGGUGCUUUCAUGUUUCACCUUUAUUUUUAUCUGAAAGAAUAAUAAUUCAGCUUAGAGUGUUUUAUUUAUUUAUUUUUUUGCUCAUCUUGGGACCUUCUCCAUCCAGAUGACAACCACAACAACGCUUUUCUGUGCUGUACAGUGUUAAUCUUUGAGAUUGAAGAUGAUGAUGAUGGCUGUAGUAGUGAUCAUAUCUCAUGCCUUGUUUAUGAAAUGCUGACGUGCUUUUAUUUUGUUGAGGUUCUACAUCCAGAUUUAUAAAAUAGUUGUCAUAUGGACACAUUAUUAAAUAUUAUUUACUAUUUUAUAAUGUGAUUUAAGGGAUUGUUGUAAUAAUUUGGUUUAAAAUACCAUUGUGUCAGUCUUUGUUUUUUGUUUUUGUUUUUUUUUUGGGGGGGGGGGGGUGUUGUUUAUUUUAACAGUAGAAUAAAAAGUGUGUUUUUAUUUCUUUCUGCAUGCAGAUCGUUAGCGUCAAAGGACUAAAAACAUGUAUGGUUACACACACACUCUGUCAAGAUUAAAUUAAAAGUUGAUUGUGUAGUUAUUGGUGCCAAUUUUGAAUAAAUUCAGACGAAGUAAACCAAAAAUCCCCAAAUCCAUAUUGGUUUUGCCUCUGAUAAGUUAGUUUUAUUUACUCAUAAUUUUUUUUACAUAAAUCAGAAAUCAGGAGGAUUCUUUAGAGUCACAGUUUUGUUUGAGACUGACAUUUUUCCAGCAGUAUAUUCACAUUUACAUGGAAAUAAAUGAAAUGUUAAAUUCUAUUUGACUCAUGAAUAAAAGUAUCUGUUUAAAUGGAA